AUGUACUUUUCAGAGGAGGAUUUUGAUGGGUUAUUCGAAAGACAUGCUGCAGUAUCGAAUGCAGUUGAAAAUGUUGAGGAUGAAGAAUUUACGACGAAAAUUAUUGAACAAGUUUAUAGAGAAAGGAAUAAGGGAGUUAAUGGAAUGUUGAUGGAGGGGAGGAAUGGGAGGAGGAAAUUAAUAAGUCAUGAAAUUGAAAACUUUGGCGAUUAUUGUAAAAUUGUCAUUAGGUUAGUUUCAGAUAGAGUUUAUAUUGGAAAUGCUAACAAAUUCAUAGUCAUAAUACGUUACUACUCUCAUUCGAGGAGUGGAUAUUUUUGUACAUACUCAAAUUAUCAGAAUUAUUCUCCAACUCUAUGA